UCAAAAGACGAAACGGACGUUAAUAUUGCCAUAAUUGGGCAUUCUCGUAAAUAACAGCAAAACCAAGUCCGAAGUUCCAAACGUCGACCUCUGGGGAGCGCGACAGCUAGCCAAAAAGUCCUCCACGCGCGGCGCCCCACGCGCCAAAGACAGCCUCUGAUAAUUGCGUGUCGCCACGCGAAUGGGGACAGGCGCGUGGGCAGUUUGAAUGAAGUAGCGCUUUUAACGAUUCCGACCACGACGCUUUAACCGAGAUGAUUGAAACGCGACUUUAACUGACUUAUUAACGGCAGCAAACUUGAAAGCGCACUUUUAACGCGAAUUUACAUAAUUACCCCCGACGAGGAUCACAGCAGCAAGGGUAUUAAUGUCAUUUCGUACUGGACCAGCGGCGGGGCUGUAUACAGACUGACAGUGGUGGUAUCAAUGGGGAAGGGUGUGGCUGGGGCGACGGAGCUUUUCCCUUUUUUCCCCAUUUUGCUUUUGGUAAAGCGGGCAGAGAUUUCUUCUCCUUAAACAACCCCACCGAACAGAAAUCGACGUUUUUUUUUGAGGAAUUUGUAUAUGAACACUAGCUGCUUCUGGUUGCUGUAAAAGUCUGCGUAUCUUCUUCCGAUCGGUAUUGUAUAUUAGAUCGAGCAAAUGACGAGGAUCAGUCCAGAAUUCGGAGACUCGGAGGUGCCGGCAGUGUGGACAGUAUCAGCUGAUGCAAGUUUUCAGUGUAAUCAGUUUCCGAAGUACAGGUUAGGGGCCAAUAAUGAAGUUUUGGAUGAGGUCAAGGAUGAUAACAAGUGUCCGUCGUUGAAGGAAGCUGUUGUUCAAGAAACUAACCAGCUAACCGAACAACACAAGCGUCUAUCUGUUCGUGAUCUCGCCAGCAAAUUCGACAAAAGUUUGGCUGCUGCAGCGAAACUAUCCGAGGAGGCAAAACUGAAGGAGGUCGCAUCUCUGGACGGACAUGUGCUUCUGAAGAAACUUCGGGAUGCAUUGGAAUAUUUGAAAGGUCGAUUAGCGGGACAAAAUAAAGAAGUUGUGGAGAAAGCUAUUUCAAUGGUGGAAGCUUUGGCCGUCAAACUGACUCAAAAAGAAGGAGAGCUGAUUCAGGAAAAGUUCGAAGUGAAGAAACUUGUGAACUUUCUUAAGCAGGCUUCGGAAGAUGCCAAGAAAUUGGUGAAUCAAGAGAAAUCUUUUGCAUGUGCUGAAAUCGAGAGCGCACGAGCUGUCGUACAAAGGAUUGGCGAGGCCCUUGAGGAACAAGAAAGAAACCAAAGCCCCGGGAAGCGGCAGGAACUUGAAGGACUAAUCGAAGAGGUCCAACAGGCCAGAAGAAUCAAACUAAUGCAUCAGCCUAGAAAGGUUGCGGACAUGGAAAACGAACUUCAAGAGCUGCGGCUUCAGAUUAGAGAGAAGUGUGUAAUUUCGGUGAAUCUUCAAAACGAGCUGGAAAUGAGUAUGAAAUCCGAGGAAAACAUUCGCGGGCUCUACAAAUUAAUUGGUUCCGAGAAGUUAGGUUCUAUUUUACGGAUUCAGCCUUGUUCAGACAAAGCAGUAGAGCUUUCAAAAUGUUCGAUCCAAUGGUUCCGUUUGUCAUCUCAAUGCAGCCGUCGGGAGCCUAUUUUAGGUGCCAACAAGUGCGUCUACGCCCCGGAGCCAAUCGACGUAGGGCGAGUUCUACAGGUCGAGGUAGUGGCAAAUGGCCAUAAAAUCACGAUCACUGCCGAUAGCCAAAUCCAGCAAGCCUCAGACUUCGCGAGCUAUGCCGAGGCGCUUCUGAGAAAACCGAGCAUCGACUUCAGCGUCUGUAUCUUCCAAAUGAACGGCCGGAACUAUUCUUCCCAAUCUACGCACGUGUUCCACAUAGGGAAAACGAGGAUAAAACUUAGCCGAGGAUGGAUCACAAAGGCCCGAGAAUCGUACUCGAAGUCUAUGCUGCUGUGUGGAUUCAGAGGCGGCGGCAACUCCGCAGCCAAGUCGCUGUUUUGGCAAGCCCGGAAAGGACAGUCGUUCGUGCUUGUGUUCGACUCGGAACGGGAUCGAAAUGCAGCGUUGAUCCUCGCCCGGAAGUACGCAUCGGAUUGCAAUGUGUUGCUCGCGGGUCCGGACGACGAUGCUCUGGCGUAAAGAUGGAUAUUCCCCAUUUUGGUUUCGGUUUCGAUUUCGACUUCAAUAUCAGCAUAUUUUUCUUAGCUGGAGAGUGAUGGGAUUUGUGUGUAUGUAAAUGUUGGAAUCCGAAUUGGGAGAGAAGGUUGUGAAAGUGUAAGUGUUGUGUGUAUUAUUGUUGUGUGAUGAAUUCUGUAGGCAUGGUUUUUGGUUUGCCGAAAUUCUUCAACUUUUUAUUUUUUUAUUUUUUUUUUGUGCGAAUUCGAAGCUGUUAUUCUUCAAGUACGUUCUAAUAAAUUUUC